UCACUCUCUCACUCUCCAGCCAAAUCUGGCCAGUUGUCUCCUGGCGAGGAAGGAGAGCGCUUCAUUUCUAAGACCUGGAUAGGAGAGGAAAAGGAGAAAUGAUGAGGAAAGGCACGCUUUUACUCCUGGCUCUUUCUCUUUAUCAUGCCACUUGGGAAGUUGGAGCCGAGUUGAGCGUAGAAAUGGUGGGCGACGCUGAAGUUUACAAGGCUAAUUCAGCAGAAAUCCGAUGCCUAUACAAUUUCACUGAAAAUGCCAGCAUGGUGAUGGUGCAAUGGUUUGUGAAUGAUCCUCGAGGAAAAAGGAUUAGGAUAGCCUACAGUGACCUGAUCACACGAAGCAAGGAUGAGAACACAAACUACACUAAACGCAUCCGCGUGGCAGGGGACAGUGGCAAAGAAAUCCUGACCAUCGUGAACGUGGAGCUGUCCGACGAGAGGGAGUUCUUCUGCCAGGUGGAUGGCUUGGCAGCAGGCAUUGAAGAGGGCAGGUUCCACUUAAAGGUUUUUGACCCUCCGGAGCAUCCUGUGAUUGAAGCCGUUCAUACUGGAGUUUCUGUGACCAAUGACUCACCAUCGAAGAUCGCAACCUGUGAAACUAGUAAAGGCUUCCCCCAGCCCAACAUCACUUGGUAUCGCGACCACAGCUUGCUGUCCCACAAAAAUGGCCAGGUGCACGUGAUUACUCUGGUAUCCAAGGACUCCACUGGGCUGUUCACAGUGCAGAGUGAGCUCCAGUAUAAGGUGACCAAGGAGGACAAGGACGCACACUUCUUCUGUGAGGUCAGCUACUACGUCCCCGGGGCUGUCCGAACAGUCGAGUCCAAAAGGGUCAACGUCAGUGUGCACUACCCCACGACCAAAGUCGAGAUGUGGAGGGAAUCGCCCCAGGGUCUGGUCAAAGAAGGAGACACAGUGGAGAUCCGUUGCCGUGGUGACGGCAACCCCCCGCCACCCAUCACUUUCAGUCGAGAACAACAUCCAGACGAGGAGCUGGAGGCUGAUAAUGACCUGCUGGUUCUAAAGGAGGUGACCCGUGGUGACAGCGGCAAGUAUCUCUGCCGUUCUCUAGACCUGGGCUCGACAGACUAUGAAGACGUGGUGGGGAAUCUCCAGCUUACCGUGCACUAUCUGGACCCAGCUGUUGUGGUGCCCAAAGACUCUGAGGUUAUGCAGAAGGGGGAGAACUUGACAGCCACCUGUAAUGCCUUAUCUUCUCUGGAGACGAACACUGUGUGGAGUAAGAAUGGUAUAGAGAUUAGAAAGGGAAACGUGCUGCAUCUGCAGGAUGCUACGUUUGACACAGCUGGACAUUACCACUGUGAGGUGACCGUUCCAUCCCUGCCAGGUCUGCAUACCAGAGGAUCAGUUCACAUCAUUGUGCAGGGCGCUCCUCAGUUGAGAGAUGUCAAAAAGGAGGUGAGCAUGAGUGAGAAGGUGGGAAAGUGGGUGAAUCUGACAUGUGAAGCAAGAGGAUACCCCAGACCCAUCGUUACCUGGAGCAUCACUGGCAGCCCUGACUGGCGAGAGGUUGUGAGAAAAGAGACAGAGGACUCUGUUCAAACUAUAAUGACUCUCAAAGUGUCUAGAGACACUGUGGCCACGUGCAACGCUACAAACAAAAUAGGGGGGGAGACCAAAAUCUACACCAUCAGUAGCAUUCCAAUCAUAGGCACGACCUUAAGGAACACUGCAGUCGAUAACAGCGGAGUGAUCAUCGUGGUCAUUGUUCUCAGCAUUCUGCUCCUGGCCCUCUUGGGCAGCAUCCUCUACUUCCUGUACAAGAAGGGCAAGUUACCGUGCGGACGUUCUGGCAAACAGGAGAUCAUUAAUCCCUUUAGCACCAAGGAGAAAACCAAUAAGGAUGACAUCGUCAUGGAGAUGAAGGCGGAUAAGACAGAGAACUCGGUACUACUAAAGGGUGUCAAUGGUGAUAAUAAACCACCUGGUGAUCAGUAAAGUACAUUGACCUACGCAAAUAACAAGGACAGGGCCAAGGACUGAAGAUGCCAGCUGAAGCCAGUUCAGUGCCUCCUCACUGACCCAACAAUCAAGAGUUAGGAUGUAUGGAUAACGUCUGGUGGAGCAGCCAUCUUUUUGGAAUAAAGAAGACUUCAGACUUUGUUCUUUUCUUUUUAUGAGCAGCAGUAUUCCUGAUUGGGCAUAUUGGACUAAAGUGAGCUCAUUCAAACAAUGCCAGAUUUCAUACUUAUUUUCUUUCCCCUUUACAAUGUUUCUAUAAAUGCCAAUCAGCUUAACAAAACAAUGUCAGUUUCAACAUACGGUCUUCAUACAUUUUAAAAAGUGUAUAUAUUAUAUAUAAUAUUUAGUUACUGAAAGAGUUCUCACUCGGCCCUUUUGGAUUGUUGAUAGCGUUUCUAAGCUCUUCUCCGCAUGUAAAAAACUUUUUUUAAACUAUAAGCCAACUCCAAUUAUAAGCCACUAUUUUACCGCCAUUAAGCGGUGAAAUCAUCACAAUAAAUGGACAAAAUAAGCUCAUUCAGUAUGACUCAAUAGCAUGAUUGAGGUUGGACCAACAUGCGGUACUUUUCAAAGAGGUCUAGUGGUCAGUUGAAACCCCAGACUUGCAAUUGAAACCUUGGACAUGUUCCAGAGUCAUUUUCUCACACAGUCUUAACUACAUUUACCAAAAGUUUCACAAAGCAGCCAUGACCAUUACAAAGCUUUAUCACGUGAUGUUUUCAGUUCUUGUAAGCAGUAGCCAGUAAGAGGGCCAGGCAAAUCACAAUAAACGCAGAGCUAAAGAGGAAAAAAAGGUGUGGUCAUCACCAACCUGAAACUACUGCCCAGCUCUUGUACUGUUUGUAAAUAUUCGUAGCAGAGGAAAGUGUAGCUGUUCAUGUUCUGACUGCUGAGGGGAAUCAACUUCCUCUUUUUUUCUGCCUCACGUUUUUUUCAGCAGCGUGUUCAUUUCACAUAAAUGUUAAUGUAAAACUUCUUAAUGCCUGUUCUGUUCUUUUUGUGUGUGUGUGUGUGUUCGGCGAAGGGAAAAGGGUGAUGUUUUGUCUCUUUGAAGCACAGCGUGAGUUUUGAGGGAAUACUUCAGUCAGCGGUGCUAAUGUUGCUAACAGUGAGUGAAAAAGAACAGCCACCAGUUAGCACUGCAGAUGCCAUCAUGCUAAUUGGCCUUGCUAACUUUGGCCAGUGUUCUGUAAAACCUGUCCAAUGGUUGCUAUGAUAGAAUAGGUCAGUUGGUGGCUACAUGGUUUUAUUCACUGGUAGCCACAUUAGCACGUUUUCUCAGGCUAUUCGUUUCAAGAGAAUAGCAUGAUACCUUGGCUUGUUGACCUGUUGACCUUUGGCUGGGGGGUGAGGAGGGGGCCCACCUCCGUAACUGCUGUGUUUGAGAAAGUUUUUUAUGUUAAUUCUUUGGAAAAUGUGACCAAGUUCAAAUGCCGGUGUGUACAUGAUCUCCAUAUGUGCUGCCAUUGCUUUUAAUAUAAAGUUAGUGUGUUAGCCCUGCCAUUGAGAACACUGUUGUACAUGUCUAAUGGUGAUGGAGUGCGUAGGCAGUCAGUCUGCACCUCAACUUUUACAGUUAAGCUAGAGGUCGUAACAGUUAUGAUAACUCAAGUUAACUCAAGAGUCUCCUUUAGCCAAAAGACAAGCCUUUCCAGUAAGAGGAAAGGGAAGGCAUGCUCUUAUUGGACAGUCCUUACUCUGGGUUUAAAGGAAUUAGGGAUGCACCGAUAUUGGAAUUGUGAGCCAGUGUGUGCCAGAAUCCAAUAUUUUUUAAAUACAUACUUGCCGAUGCCAAUGCCAAUACAUAAAUAUUUAAAAUUCUAAUUUAAAAUUAGAAAUUGAGACUAAAUUCACCUGGAUUAGCAUUCCAGAGAAAUGUAACAUUUCUUUGUUACAUUUACAAAUGCAGUAAUAGAAGUAAAAUGCAGUUUUGUGCAGGACAAUAAACACGUAAUCAAAUAUAGGUUUGAAAUGUCAGUCAAAUCUAAACAUCAGUGAUACUUUUUAAAGCAAAUAUCUGCCAAUACUGAUAUGGUUCCAAUAUCUUCAUGCAUCCCUAAAAGGAAUACUCCAGCACUUUUCAAUCUUAUUUUUAUUUUCCACAUCUGUAGCAUAUGGUCAGUUACAAUGGACACUAAUGUUGACAAGUUUUCCACAAUCUAUAAGAACUGUAAUCUGUUA